CGGCCCACGUGUACUGUGUUGACUGUCAAAGUCUGCAGGUACUCAGUACCCGGAAGCCCUCGGUUCUGACCGCAGUUCCCGCCCGUCCGCCGGUGAGACCCCUGGCCAGCCGGCGACACCGGAUCAUGAGCGCCGCGGGCAUACUGGCCUUUGCCCAGCAAGGCUGGGAGCAGGUGCUGGCCAAAGUGAAGUGGUCGGUGGUCUACCUGGACGCCGCCUGCGCCGAGAGCCUGCACUGGAGCUGCGGAUCCAGCCGGCUUCUGGAGGCGGUGAAGGGUCCUGCGUGUCACCUGCGGGAAUUCGAACCCCAGGCCAUCGGCGGGGGAGCCAAGCAACCCCGGGCGGUGUUCGUUUUGAGCAGCCCGCUGAAAGGCCGGAUCGUAGACACUCUACAAGCCAUCAUUCGCCGCAGUCACUUUCAGCACUGUGUGGUGGUCACAGCGGUGAGCCACGCAGUCCACCUCACUGCGAACCACGUCCCGGCCGCUGCAGCGGCCGAGCUGGAGGGGCAGCAGCCGGUGUUCGAACAGCUGGAGGAGAAGCUCUGUGAGUGGAUGGGCAACGUGAACUACACGGCCGAGGUGCUCCACGUCCCGUUGUUUCUCGCCCCUGCUGCCUCCCACCUUGCUUUUACUCCAGCCUUCGCUACCCUCUUCCCACUGCUACCUCAGGAUGUCCACGUUCUUAACAGUGCCAGACCCGAAAAGAGGAGGCUGAGCAGCUUGGGGGAGGUGGAUGCCACUAACCUAACCCCAGAGCUGCUGCUGUACAUCAGAUGCCUCGUGUCAGGCCUCAGUUCUCUGUGUGAACAUCUAGGGGUACGAGAGGAGUGUUUCGCCGUGGGUCACCUCAGUCGGGUCAUCGCUACAGAUCUGGCAAAUUAUGCCCCCGCCAAGAACAGGAAAAAGACUGCUACAGGCAGGGCUUCCGUGGUCUUUGUGGAUAGAACUCUGGAUCUCACAGGGGCGGUUGGACACCAUGGAGACAACUUAGUAGAGAAGAUCAUUUCAGUGCUUCCACAACUUCCAGGCCACACCAAUGACGUGAUGGUCAACAUGGCAGAGCUCACUGCUGUCCAGGCUGUGGAGGAAAACCAGAAUGUGAUUGCACCAGGCUGCCUUGCCCCAUCCAAUGAUGCCUCAGCCAAGGCCCUGUGGGAAGCCUUACUGAACUCCAAGCACAAAGAGGCAGUGAUGGAAGUUCGGAGACAUCUAGUGGAAGCAGCCAGCAGAGAGAACCUGCCCAUCAAGAUGAGCAUGGGAAGAGUCACUCCAGGGCAGCUCAUGUCCUAUAUUCAACUCUUCAAGAACAACCUCAGAGCUCUUACAAAUCAUUGUGGGCUUCUACAGCUUGGGAUGGCCACAGUUCAAACUCUGAAGCACCCACAGACUGCCAAGUGGGAUAACUUCCUGGCAUUUGAGAGGCUCCUUCUACAGAGCCUCGGGGAUUCAACCAUGGCUGGUGUGCUAACUCAGCUGCUGCCGAUGAUUAAGUCCUCAAGCCAGAGAACCGGGGAGGACCUCAACCUUGAGGAACUGCUGAUCCUGCUCAUAUACAUUUACUCUGUCCCUGGAGAUGUCACGCUGGACAGAGACCUGGGAGAAGUGGAAGAAAAGGUGAAGAAAGCAUUGGCCUGUGUCCUCUCUGAGGAGUCUGAGCUGUCCCCUUUGCUGCAGAAGAUCACAGGCUGUGACUCUGCAAGUGACCUGACGUUGCCAAAAUCCCAAAUUGCUGUGAAUGAUGUCUUCAUGGCUCUCCGGGAGAUCGCUGGAGCUAGGAAUCUCAUGAAACAGUUUAAGUCUGUGUAUGUCCCUGGAAAUAAUACCCAUCAGGCAUCCUAUAAGCCGCUGUUGAAGCAGGUUGUGGAGGAAAUAUUUAAUCCUGAGAAGCCAGAUCCUGUUGACAUUGAACAUAUUUCCUCAGGCCUCACCGAUCUCCUUAAAACUGGAUUCAGCAUGUUCAUGAAGGUGAGCCGGCCCCAUCCCAGUGACCAUCCCCUCUUGAUCCUCUUUGUGGUCGGUGGCGUCACAGUCGCUGAAGCCAAGAUGGUCAAAGACCUUGUAGCAUCUCUGAAGCCAGGAACCCAGGUGAUGGUGCUGUCCACAAGACUCCUGAAGCCGCUUAACACUCCCGAGCUGCUCUUUGCAACUGACCGGCUACACCCGAACCUCGGCUUCUGACACCUAGAGAAGAUAAGGCCUGUUUGAGCUGGAAAUACCAAGGCCCAUCAGUCACCAUUCCAGAUAAGCCUCCCAAGCCAGUGUCCCCAUUACUAAUUAUAGGUAUGACUUAAUUCUACCAGAGAGGUCUUCAUGACUGCAUGGAAGGCAGUUUGUUUGGACUGGACUGGUUCUUCAAAAGCAAAAUAAAGACUCGCGUUCUCGUUCCUCUAAAGGUGUCAAGCUGUCACUAGCUGACUUCGCCAGCCAUCACCUUUGUUUACCCUUAGCCGCUUAUUGUACUCUCCCCGGAGAUCCCUGGAAGUUCUAGCUCUGGGUAAAAAGCCUGUUGGCAAGUGGUGGCAGACAUGAGCGUUGUGGUGAAGUUAGCCAUGGAAAGUUCAGUGCACUUAGAAUCCCCAGCUAGAGGGAGGCUACAUUUUCUUUGUGAUUAUGGGAGUGGGGCGGGGAUGUCCCUGACAGAGCCUGAGACUUUGUUUCUCUUUGACGCCAAAACCUUUCUGAAAGACAAGGAGGGGGAGGCGUGGCCUGGGUGGCACUGGGCUGGUGGCCUCCAUGAGUGGUAAAUCACCCCACGAGUGACAAAGGGCUGCUUUGUUCCAGCUGGUUCAAGGAUUGGGGCAGCCUGCUACUUGGAACAGCAGUGGGAGGGACAGAGCAGGGUGACUGGAGAGCUGUCUUUGCUACCAAUGGUUUCAUCCUGUGCAGAGGAAGCCCGUGUAGAAGAGAUUUCCUCCCAGGGACUCUGGGUUAUAACCACAACCCCUCGAUGGUCUUUGUGAUUUCAAAUUCCUACUGAAAUAGAAAGCUUUCUUCUGGAAGUUUAUAUUUUCUUUUGGUCAGAGCAGAAAAACCCAGACGCACCUAGUGAAAUUAUAUGAGAACUCUGGGGAGAGAGAGAGAGAGAUCUGGAGAGAGAGAGAGAGAGAG